CCAUGACGACCUUUUGUGUAUUACUAAAUUAUAAUUUUUGAUAUCUAGCAAAUCGAUGAUGUUUUUUAAGUCCAUUUAACUUCAGAUUAAGCAAGAGUGAUUGCAAAGAGAUUACCCCCUGGGUUUAGUAUUAAUUUAAGCAGAUAAUCGAAAAGAGAUGUUAAAGUUUGCUAAUCAAAUAAUAAAAUUUUAGAAAUUUCAAUAGGAUAUUUCAUCAGAUGAGGAGAAUAAAGUUACUAAAAAGACAUAUGUUGCACCUUAUAGAGCAGAAAAUACUGAUGAAAUGAAAAGAUGCUUAACAUUACUAUAAAAAUUAAAAAAACAUUAAUUAGCAGCACCAUUUUUAAGGAAAUUAGAAAAUGUCAAUUAUCCUUAAGAAUUGGAAUACGUUGACUUAUAAAUUGUUGAAUAAAAUCUCAAAAAUAGUAUUUAAUAAUUUCAAUAAUUAUUUUAGAUGAAUAUUUUUCUGCCACGUAAUUUUGGGGUGAUAUAAAGAAAAUUUGGUAAAUGUCCUAUGCCAUGAAUAAUAAAGGAACAUAAUUAUAUGCUAUGACUCAAGAGUUAGAAUAACAUUUUAAUGAAUUAUAUAAAGAAUUAGAUAAACCAUAUCCAUAAAAGUAAGUAGUUGAGCAAACACCAAAAUAAGAAAAAUAGAAAAAACCACCUACUAUCUAAUAAACUAAUAGUAAUAGUAAUCACAAUAAUUAAAAUAAUAAGAAACCAAUGUAUAAUAAUAAAAUAAUUAGAAAAUAACCAAGUUUAAUGGAAUAACCAAUGAAUAUGCAAGAAAAAAGAGCUUUAGUAUCAAAUAUAAAUAGUUUGCCUCCAGAACAUCUUAGAGGGGUUUGGGAAAUAGUAUCAGAUGGACUUAAGAUAUAAGAAUAAAAUGAUGAAUUAGAAUUUGAUAUUGAUACUUUACCUGUUAAGAAAACAAGAUAGUUGGAAAAAUAUGUAAACACAAAAUUAGAAUAUUUAAAAAAACAAUAAAGUAAGAAGGCAGCAGAAGAUAAUAAAAAUUAAGAUAAAAAUGAUAGAAUUGUAUAAAUUGAUAAUUAAUUUAGAUACAUGCUGCUAAUAAUACUUAUAAUCAUGCUCCAUAGCCAGUUUCAUAAUUAAAAUAAACUGACACUGGAGACAGUUCAUUUAGCAGUGAUGCUGAAGAAUCUGUUUGA